AUGUCCGACUCCGAGUCUUCCGGCUUCCGCCUCGAUGACAGCGACUCGGAUGCGUUUGUAGAGCCAGUGAAGGCUACAAAGAAGGCCCCAGCAAAAAAGGCUCCCGCUAAGAAGGCGGCCGCUCCGAAGGCUGCUGCCAAAAAGGCCUCCGCCAAGCUGCCACUCGCCACCAAACGCAAUCUGCCAAAUGAAUCCAUCUCCGAAGAUGAUUUCAGCAUGGACGACUCCCCAGCCAAGCCAAAGGCUGCCAUUGAAGAAGACGACGAGGAAGAUGUGCGGCCAAAGGGUCCAGCCAAGUCUGCCAGUGAGAUGUACCAGAAGCUUUCGCAACUUGAACACGUCCUGAAACGUCCCGAUACAUAUAUUGGCUCGGUCGAGCCUAUCACCCAGGACAUGUGGGUCGUCGACCCCGAGACGAAGCAGAUGGUCAACCGUUCGAUCACCUACGUUCCGGGCUUCUUCAAGAUCUUUGACGAGAUUCUCGUAAACGCCGCCGAUAACAAGAUCAACGACCCGUCCAUGGACUCGAUCAAGGUUGACAUCAAUCGCGAGAAGAACCAGAUCUCGGUGUGGAACAACGGCAAAGGCAUUCCCGUCGAGAUGCACUCUAAGGAGAAGAUGAUGAUCCCAGAGCUCAUCUUUGGCAACCUACUCACUUCGAGCAAUUACGACGAUGAUCAGAAGAAGCUCACUGGUGGACGUAACGGUUAUGGUGCCAAACUCGCCAAUAUCUACUCAACCGAGUUCAUUGUUGAGACUGCUGACAAGGUCAACUCGAAAAAGUACAAACAGAUCUUCUCGCAGAACAUGACCAAGAAGUCGAAGCCAACGAUUGUCGAAAACAAGAAGAACGAAGAAUUCACGAAGAUCACGUUCACUCCGGAACUCACGCGCUUCCACAUGACGGAGAUUGAUGACGACACAUACGCCCUCCUCAUGAAGCGCGUGUAUGACGUUGCCGGUACUGUCAAGGACUUGAAGGUGUUUCUGAAUGGCGAGCGGCUCACCAAGAUCAAGGGCUUCCGACAGUACGUCGAGAUGUACGUGCAAUCGAAUCAAAAGUCCCAAGGCGGGGACGGCGCGGCUCAGCCAAAACCUACAAUCGUGUACGAAGCGGCGGGCAAGCGCUGGGAGGUGGCGUUCGCCGUCUCAGACGGAGAGUUCAAGCAGGUGUCGUUCUGCAACGCUAUUUCCACCAUCAAGGGUGGCACACACGUCGACAUGAUUGCCACGCAACUCGCCAACAAGCUCCUUGCCGUGAUCAAGAAGAAGAGCAAGAAUACUACGAUCAAGCCUUUCCAGAUCAAGAGUCAUAUGUGGCUUUUCGUCAACGCUCUCAUCGAGAACCCAGCCUUCGACUCGCAGACGAAGGAGACGCUCACGCUUAAAAGUUCUGCCUUUGGCAGCAAGUGCGAGCUCUCCGACGAAUUUGUAAAGAAGGUCGCCAAGUCAGGCGUCAUCGACAACGUCCUCAGUUACGCACGGUUCAAACAGGAUCAGCAGCUGAAGAAGACGGAUGGAGCGAAGCGCGCUCGUGUUGGGGGUAUCCCCAAACUCGAGGAUGCUAACUGGGCUGGUGGUCGGAAUGCCAAGCAGUGUACCCUCAUCCUCACUGAAGGUGAUUCCGCCAAGGCACUCGCUGUGUCCGGCCUCGGUGCCAUCGGGGGGCGCGACAAUUUCGGUGUCUUUCCUCUUCGCGGCAAGCUGCUCAAUGUCCGUGAGGCCAGCCACGAGCAGAUCAUGAAGAAUGUCGAGAUUCAGAACAUCAAGCAGAUCCUGGGUCUGAAGCACAAUCACAACUAUACCUCUUUGGACAGCCUUCGCUACGGUCAGCUCAUGAUCAUGACUGACCAGGACCACGAUGGUUCACAUAUCAAGGGUCUCAUCAUCAACUUCCUCGACUACUUCUACCCCUCCCUCCUGAAGAUGCCCAACUUCCUCGUUGAGUUCAUCACUCCAAUCGUCAAGGUCUGGAAAGGCAAGCAGGAGCGGACCUUCUACACCAUGCCUCAGUAUGAGGAGUGGAAGGCAGCCAACAACGACGGACGCGGCUGGCAUUCCAAGUAUUACAAGGGUCUCGGUACCAGCGGGGCCCAAGACGCUGUGAAGUACUUCAGUGACCUCGAUAAACACCGCCUGUCGUUUGAUGUAAUGGACACCGACGACAAGUCCCUCAUCGACAUGGCCUUCAACAAGAAGAAAGCGGACGACCGCAAAGAGUGGCUGCGCCAGUUCAAGCCGGGGACUUUCCUUGACCACGACAUCAAGCAGAUUCCCAUCUCGGACUUUGUCAACAAGGAACUCAUCCUCUUCUCCAUGGCGGACAACAUACGAUCGAUCCCAUCAGUUGCGGAUGGUCUCAAACCGGGUCAGCGCAAGGUCAUGUUCGGUUGCUUUAAGCGCAAUCUGAAGGGCGAAAUCAAGGUUGUUCAACUCGGUGGUUACGUCGCCGAGAAUUCGGCGUAUCACCACGGCGAACAGAGUUUGACGGCGACCAUUGUCGGUCUUGCGCAGAACUUUGUCGGCAGCAACAACAUCAAUCUUCUUGAGCCCAACGGUCAGUUUGGUACUCGCAUGCAAGGCGGCAAGGACGCGGCAAGCGCGCGUUACAUUUUCACCACCACAUCUGCGAUGACGCGCGCUGUGUUCCACCCCGACGAUGACCCACUUCUCAACUACCUCAUGGAGGACGGCCAGCGCAUUGAGCCGGAGUACUACCUUCCUACCGUGCCCCUAGUCCUCAUCAACGGGGCCGACGGCAUUGGAACUGGAUGGAGCACCCAAAUUCCCAACUACAACCCCGUCGACAUCGUUGACAACCUCCGGCGUCUAAUGCGGGGAGAAGAGUUGGUACAGAUGACCCCCUGGUUCCGAGGCUUCAAGGGCACAAUCGAGCGUGUCGACAAUGAUCGUUACAAAGUGUCCGGUAUUGCUGAGAAAAUCGACGACAAGACGAUCGAGAUCACCGAAUUGCCCGUGCGCAAGUGGACACAAGACUUCAAGGAAAUGAUUGAGGCGAUGACAAGUGGCACGGACAAGGUGCCCUCCACGAUCAAGGACUACGAGGAGCACCACACGGACACCACUGUUCACUUCAAGCUUCACAUGAAGCCUGAGGGCAUGAAGGCGGCUGAGGCCGAGGGCUUCGACAACCGCUUCAAGCUCACAACUACCAUCGCCACGAGCAACAUGGUGUGCUUCGAUCUCAAUGGCAAGAUCAAGAAAUACGCAUCGCCCGAGGAGAUCCUACUGGACUUCUACCCUAAGCGCCUCGAAUACUACGGGCUACGCAAACAGCACCUCGCAGACGAGCUUAACAAGCAGUUCGAGCGCUUGUCAAACCAAGCCCGCUUCGUGACGAUGAUCAUCAAGAAGGAGCUGGUUGUGUCCAACAAGAAGAAGUCGGUUGUGGUUCAGGAGCUGCGCGACCUCAAGUUCCGCCCUUUCCCCAAGAACAGCACGAAGCCUGCAGACGCCGGUGAGAAGGAGGACGCACUGGAAGAAGAGGAGGACCAGGGCAAGGACAACGACUACGACUACCUGCUCGGCAUGGCCAUUUGGAGCCUCACAGAGGAGAAGGUCAAGAAGCUUCUUGAGGAGCGCGACGGCAAGGAGCAGGAACUCAUCGAGCUCCUGAAGCUCUCCCCCCAAGAUAUUUGGAACCGAGACCUUGACGUGUUCAUGGAGGAGUGGGAGAACUGUCUGGCCAGGGACCUCGAGCUGGCCCGUGCCACCAAGCCCAAGACGAAGGGCAAGAAGGCUGCUGCGUCUCGCAGGCGUGCCAAGGACGAGGACACAGAUGACUCAGAGGAUGACUUCAAGCCCACCGCAAAGGCCCGCGCGCCUGCUAAGCCACGGGCGCUUCCAAAGGGCAAAGCCUCGUACUCGACGUCAGCCGCGGCCUCCGCUAGCGUGUCCGCUGUCGUGUCCAACACCACUUCACCUCUGAAGCGCAGCAGCACCACGUUUUCAGACAGUGAUGAGGAUGUGAAGCCUGUUACAAAGAAACCCGCUACAUCUCGCGCCCGGGCCAAGCCGUUGACUAUAGGCCUGGACGACUCCGACCUCGACAGUGAGUUUGUGGCAUAA